UGGAGCAGAGGUAGUCAACACAUGUCUGCGUGAGGUCUAGUAGAGUGACAAUAACACUUUACACAUCACAUCACUGAGACAAGUCACACUCGGGAGAAAGGGGCACAAUGUCCUGUCUUGAUGAGGUACCCUUCAAAAUCCCUUUUGGCUUUCUUGAGGAGGCAAAAGAAGUUGUUGAGCUGAUUAGAGCCCCAGAAAUCACCCUGCCGGACUAUCUGAAUAUACUGCAGGAAACUGAGUAUGUAUUCAGCCUUGAGAACUGGGUUCUCACGGGUCUCCAGGGUGGUUAUUCGACCCUCCAUCCCAGCUUCUCAUGUGAGCAGAUGGCCACCUGUCCUCCCUACUGGAUGAUGUUCAGCAGCCCUCAGAUGAGCAGGUUAGCCAGCCGCUGGAGCAGUGACUUCUGGGAACCCAACCCACGUCCCCGCAGCCGCAGCUUAAAUGCGGCCCACUACCGCGCCUUAAACGACCGAGAGAAAUUCACCAUCUCAGACUCAGAAGAUGAUGAAUUAACAGAAGAUAGGACCUACCUUGCUGAGACUUAUCAACAGCCCAAACGGGAUAGUUUGGGUCUACUAAGGCAAGGGCAGGGUUUAAAAGACUUGAGCACUUGCAGAUCAUCACAUCUUCUAAACCUGCCUUCACCUUGCAGCCUCUCUACACAGCGUAAGGGGAACAUCCGGCGGUCUUCACUCUGCAAGCCUACUUCACCCAAAAAGAAUUUCCAGAGGAGCCAGAGUUCUGCUGGACAUACCAGAGUGUCCUUCGCAAUCUCAACCAACAACUUGCAGUCUGAAUGCAUUUCUACACUUAAACACAACACACCCAACCCAAAGGUCCAGGGUUCAUCCUACUCCCCGGCUCCAUCACGGCCACUCAGUUCCCACGCCACCAUUCUGGACUCUUCGGUCGAGCUGCUCUCCGCUCUUAGCCAGGAAGAGAGGGAGCUGCUAGCAGCCGUGACUGGGCAGGGCUACCCUCUCCGUACCGCCAUCAUCACCCUGCAGAAGAGAGGCCAGCAGAGCCCAGAGCAGAUCUUGAGUUAUCUGGUGGCAUGUGAUAGGUUAUGUGAACUUGGCUAUGACGAAGUUCAGGUUGAGGAAGCGCUGGAAAUGUUUCAGAACUGUGAGACUAAGGCUGAGGAGUUUCUUCACCUGCUUGCUCAGUUUAAUGAAAUGGGCUUCCAGCAGAACACCAUUAAAGAGGUUCUGUUGGUGCACGAGAACCACAAAGAGCGAGCGCUGGAAGAGCUCAUGACCCGAGUGGCCUGACCAAAUCAGUGUUAUGAGGACAUGAACACGAUGCUAUGAUGGUUUAUGCUAUUUUCAGCAUACAUAUAGUUGCUGGUUUUAUUUAUUAGAUAAGCUAUGUAUAUUUUUUCUAGACUUCUAGAGUUUCAUUCAGUGAGAUUCAUGGCCUUUGGGAAAAUGACAGUUUGAUCAUUUACACAAGAGAAUGAAACAUACAUUUACAUGUUUUCAUAGUCUUUUCUGUAGUAACAAAAAGUUGCUUUUGAUCUUGCGUUGUAUAAUGUAAAUUAUUCCUGGGAAAUACAUAGAGCUAUUUAACUCUCUCUCUCUCUCUCUCUCUCUCUCUCUCUCUCUCUCUCUCUCUCUCUCUCUCUCUCUCUCUCUCUCUCUCUC